AUGUCAUCACUCCUCCUCCUCACCUUCCUCACCGUCCUCGCCUUCCUCGCCUCCGCCUCAACGUUGGACUUUCGUUACCACGACAACCCUGAGAUCGAGCAGUACCUCCUCCAGGUCAACGCCUCCAACAGUGACAUCACACACCUGUACAGCGUCGGGAAGUCUAUCAGAGGUCAGCAGCUGUGGGUGUUGGCUCUGGGUGUCAGUCCUCACCGUCACACCGUUGGCAUCCCAGAGUUCAAAUAUGUGGCGAACAUGCACGGAAAUGAGGUUCUCGGCCGGGUGCUGCUGCUACAGCUGAUCAAUGACCUGGUGCGUGGUUACCGUAACAACGAGACGUGGUCGUUGCGGUUACUGAACAGCACACGCAUCCACAUCAUGCCGACGAUGAACCCCGACGGAUUCAGUCAGGCGGGCACACACUGCAUGUACAGCCAGGGCAGGUUCAACUAUAACGGUGUGGAUCUGAACAGGAACUUCCCCGACGCUUUCUCCGGUCUGCGAAGGCAACAGCAGCUUAACGAGGAGAAGAGGGAACCAGAGGUCAGAGCUGUGAUGGACUGGUUGAAGAUGGAGAGUUUUGUUCUGUCUGCGAACCUUCACGGAGGAGCUCUGGUGGCCAGUUACCCGUACGACAACAGCAACGGGGGCAGCGAGCUGGUGGGCGGGGCCAGCGUCUCCCCCGACGACGACGUGUUCGUCCACCUCGCCAAGGUGUACUCCCACAACCACGCCUCCAUGCACAACGGCGGCCGCUGCGACGACAACAGACCGUUCUUGGACGGUAUCACCAACGGUUACCAGUGGUACCCGCUGUCAGGUGGGAUGCAGGACUAUAACUAUGUGUGGGCUCAGUGUUUGGAGUUGACUCUCGAGGUUUCCUGCUGCAAGUUUCCUCCAGCCAAAGAACUUCCUGUUCACUGGACGGACAACAGGAAGUCUCUGCUGGCCUUCAUCCAGCAGGUCCAUCUGGGAGUCAAAGGUCGUGUGCUUGAUGGCUCCGGAGUGCCGGUGCAGAACGCAGUGGUGCAGGUCAAAGGUCGCAGUAAUAUGUGUCCGUUCAGAACCGACCGACAUGGAGAAUAUUACAGACUGCUGCUGCCGGGAAACUACAGCUUCACGGUGACGUACCCGGAUCACGAGGUUUUAACGGAGAAACUAACCGUCCCGUACGGUCCCGAUAAAUACUCAGCCCUGAGACACGACUUCCUGUUACGAAGCAUCACCACGACAACCGGCGGCGCCCCGGGCUCACCCAUUUCGGCUCGCCCCACCUCGGCUCGCCCCACCUCGGCUCGCCCCACCACCGCCUGUAACCACACCUUACAGCAGGAGGGGGGCGGGGCUGCUGUCACCAGGCCCACCUGGACGGGGCUGGCUGUGGCGCUGAGCCUGGCGGCGGGACUCAGAUCCCUGUUAGACUGAAGGGAGCACGGCGGUCAGGAGGUCGCGGGUUCGAUUCCAGCUGCAACACCUGACCCGAGUGUCUCUGAGCAACACUGAACAACAUCAACACUGAAACAUGAAGUCCAUCAGAGGUUUCGGAAGAGACUCAACUUUUGGGUUU